AUGUUGAGUCAACGCGGAAAACCUUUGCUCGUUCACAAUGGCGAAAAUUUCGGAAUUCAAUACGUGCGAAAGGACAAAAAAUAUUGGCAAUGCAAUCUCUCGCGGAAAUACAACUGCAAGGCACGCGUCACAACGACGGAUAACGACGACAUUAUCGUAACGAAUGCGGAACAUUGUCACACGGAAAUUCGCGCGCAUCUCAAGAAGGAAUACAAGCUGAACAAAAUGAACCAACUUGCGGCUCUGCAUUCCAUGCAACAACAACAGCAUCAGCAAGAACACGAGAAACGGAUUCGGGAAGAGCACGAGAAUCGCAUCAAAGAGGAACAACAAAGGAUCAUCGAACAUUUGAAGAAUUUCAGCAAUCAUAACAACAAUAAUGGAAAUUGA